AUGGACACAUAUGCAUCCUCUGCCGGUCAUACCCACCGUGUGAUCUUUGUCGUAAUCGGGCAAAAACGUCGGGAAUUAUGGCUUAACAAUGAGAAUGAGAAACAUCAGUCAGCAUGCGAUCUAGUGGAAGAUUUUUCAAUUCACGAAAGUCAGAUUCUGAAGAGUUGUGUACAUGAAAGUAAUGGUGGCGCAUUUCUAGAAGUACAUUAUGUUGCAGAGAAAAAAAAUAAGAAAUUGACAAGAAGAUGCUAUCAAUACCAUGAAACUUUGGACAAGUGUUUGGAAAUUCACAAGAAAAUUCAAAAUACUCUAGCAGACAAAAGACCAAAACGUUUGUUGGUAUUCAUAAAUCCAAGAAGCGGAAGUAAGAAGGCCAAAAAAAUUUAUGCUAAACGAGUCCUGCCGGUGUUUGAACUCUGUGAAAUUCAAACAAAUGUGAUUGUUACCAACAGAGCAAACGAAGUAAAAGACUUGUUGAUGAAUAUCGAUUUGGAGGAAUUUGAUGGAGUGGUUGCUGUGGGCGGAGACGGGAUUUACAAUGAAGUGGUAUCUGGACUGACAGUAAGAGAGCUACGAGAUCAUGGCCAGGACCCGGAUAAUCCAGAAUCUAAGCUCUCACAGCUGAAGCUUCCAAUAGGAAUAAUCCCAGCAGGGUCUGGAAAUUAUACAGCAUGGUAUCUAAAUGGCACCAAGUGUCCAGUGACGGCAGCGUUAAGGAUCGUGAUGGGACGUUGUGUUUUGACCAAUAUUGCCAGUCUACAUCAAGGAAACAAAUGCAGUGGAUACUCGGGUCUCAUUCUCGGGUUUGGGUUGUUUGGAGAUGUGAUGAGAGACUGUGAAAAGUACCGAUGGAUGGGAACCAGUAGAUUUAAAGUUAUACCUGUGGGCUCGGUGCUGAACAGAAGACCUGUCAACGUUUCGAUAUCUUAUAUUCCAACCGAAAAUAAACGGGUACAAUGUCGGGAGGAUUUUACGAUUCAGAAACCAGAUUUUCUUCGUCUAACAUCUGUUCCAGUGACCAACACAAAGAGUGCCCGAGAUGGCUAUAAGAAGAGAACAGUUUCUUUCUCUGACAUUCUCGGCACACCUUCAGAAUGGAAGACCGCGGAAGACAGAGUGGUGUACGCUGUAGAUACUUAUCCAAUCACAAUGAAGCCUGAUGGAACAAAAAUGGUCCCAAACUUUGGAGGGGACUCUUUAGAGCUACUUAUAACAACAAAAUGUAAACUUGCUGAUCAUUUUAGGCAACUGAAAGAAGUGGACGAUGGAAAGUCAUCAUGUUACGACUUCGAAUUCGUGAAAAAGAUUGCUGUUCAGCGAUAUCGUGUUCGAGUGUUGGGAAACAAAACGGAGGAUUUCUACUUAAAUUGUGACGGAGAAGUUAUCCGUCUUGAACAUCCCGAGUUCGAUGUCAGAUUGCAUAAAAAUGUUGUGCAGCUUUAUGGAAAAGCCAAAUAAAUGACACUGGAUCAAGAUCAUCCUUUGAAUAUCUAUAUUAAAAUUUUAAAAUAAAAAAACCAUUUACCUCAUUUGUAUAAACGUUUACAUGGACAUUGAUGUAUUCUUUUUUGUAUACUUUAAUGAAAAAAAAACAUCUUCCUGAUGAUGUUUGUAUUAGAGAUAUCUACCUCUGUUAUCAAUAUAUAUUUACAUCUAAAUGUUUUGUGUCUUAUUUCUUUUUUGAUUCUUACAUUUUUUGUGAGUUUUGAUGAACAAAAUAUGUUUUACCUCUGUUAGUAACAUAUACCUCUAAAUCAUUUUUACAAUAAGAAAGCUAUAACUUUAAUAUAAUGAGCGUAUUUAUGUAAAGUUGUAUUUUAUUUUUCAAAAAAAUGAUACAUGUUUUAUGUGAAAAUAAAACCCCUAUAAUAUUUGACUACUUAUCGGUAUAC